UCGCACGUAUGAUGAAUUGUAUAAGUGUACGGGGGUCCAUAACGGGACCUCACCCAGCUUGCCGAUCGUCUAAGCAUGUUUCCAACGACAGUAUCAGCUGUACUUGUGGUGUUUUGGGUUGGACUGGCAGCAAGUGCGCCAGCACGAAGCUGCCAGGACAACAACGCCAACUGCGGCUACUGGGCGGGUAUCGGGGAGUGCCAGGCUAACCCUAACUACAUGCUGAGCUACUGUCAGCUGAGCUGUAACGUGUGCCCGACAGCUCCAACUUGCUCGGAUAACAACCAGCAUUGUGGAUAUUGGGCCGGUAUUGGAGAGUGUUCCGUCAACCCCAACUACAUGCUGGUGAACUGCCAGCUGAGCUGUAACGCCUGCGAUGGUGGUACCAGUGGUGGUACCAGUGGUGGUACCACUGGAGGGAACAACGGAGGUAUCAAUGCAGGUCUGACAUCGGAGUGCGUCUCUCAGGGCCGAGGGUGUGCACUGGACACCUGGGAGUGUAAUCACGUCACGAAUGUCCCGUAUGACGUGCGAGGCUCCAUGUCACUGGACUACUUCUACCAGAAAUACCUCCAUGCCUACGGAAUCCCUAUUCUUGGCUCUUCCGUUGUGCCGGACGAAGCCCUCCGGAGAGCGUGUUACGACGUGCUGUUCCUGUUAGCGGACAGGAAGGACCUCCGGGACUCCUAUUAUAACUACUAUGGAAGAGCUGCCAUCAUGGCCGAAACUGAAGUGACAUUGGAUAUACCCGAGCAUUCAGAUUUGGAUGUGUCGUUCAACACACGUGCCAGAGGUCUGGGUGCCACCGUCAGCAGACCUGUGUCCACAGGGGCUGAAGAGAACGUGCUCUGCUAUAGUUCAGACAGGUACAGGAGUGAAGACAUCUUUCUGCACGAGUUCUCACACGGGAUAGACUUGCUGGGAGCCCGACAGGUGAUACCGGACUGGAGGUCCCGUCUGCAGGCGGCGUACAACAGCGCCAGGGCCGCCGGGCUGUGGGCUAACACGUACGCUGAUGACACCAUUGAAGAGUACUUUGCAGAAGGUGUACAAGCUUAUUUCGACGUGAACGCCCAAAGUCUCCAUCCUAACGGCAUCCACAACCACGUGAACAGCCGGGCGGAGCUGGAGGCGUACGACCCCGCCCUGUACCUGCUCAUUCAGGAGAUCUUCCCCUGCGGAAAUACUCUCACCAAGCGCUGCGAUCCAGACUACCAGAACACCAGCUUCCGGUUCAACUGCUGAGGGUCGUCGUGGUGAUUAACGCAGGUCGUUAAUAUUAGAUGUGCUACCCGCAUCCGGGGUAUAGAUCUCGUUCUCAGGGUAUUGUGAGUACAAAUAAAAGAAAUAAAAG